AUGAACAAGGACAGGGACAGACUAAGGAAAGAAUUCUUUGAACCAAAAGAUUCACAAGCCUCUGGUGAGCAAUUAUGGUCAAAAUUGAUUCAACAAAAGAUUCCUGACAGCCAAAAACUUGCCUUUCAACAGCUAGUCAAAGAGCUUAUAGAACAGCGUCAGGCAGUUCACAAGUUAUGGAAAUACGUUGUUCUCUUUUUCCUCAUUGGUCUGUUGGCCGCUAUCGCAGUUUAUUUCCUCACGUGCUGGGCCGAAUAUCUCGAAACGAUUGAGACAAAGUACGUCAUUCGAGAGGAAAUAUUCGCCUCAGUUAUGCACCACUCACUCAUUCCAUGGAAUCUCACCAACUCCGUUUACGCUCCCGUCUGCUUGGGUCUUUCUGUGAAGCGACUAGGAGAGCCUCCGUCAAGGCUCAUAGAAACGUGUACUCGGCUAGUAAUGAUCGUCUCUCUCGUCAUGAUCGCCAAGGGUGUGCGAUUAGGCUGGAAAAUUUGGCACGUUAGCAAGACAACAGUGGAUGCCGAGGAACUGGAGAAUAAUCCGAUAAAAGUUCUUUCGGAAACGCUGCAAAAGGAUUUCCUCAGCCACAUUGCCGACUCUGGAUUGCCAUUUUGA